AUGUACAUCGGUUUCCAGACACUAGCAAUCGCCCUUGGCGCCUCGUCGCUGGUUGCGGCUGCACCUGCUGAGGCAUCUGCAGUUGAACUCAUGCAGAACCUCAACCGACAAGCGAUAAAUGCGCUUGAAAGUACCUUUGCUCAAUCCACCGAACGAUCCACCGCUAAGAAAUGCACACUCGCAAACGCCGCUGUGCGUCGCGACUGGAGAGCCCUAUCUAAGAAGGAGAAGAAGGCUUACAUCAAGGCUGUCCUGUGCCUACGCGAGAAGCCUUCCAAAGCUGAUCCAGCCUUCGCACCCGGUGCCCGCACUAGAUAUGACGACUUUGUAGCUGUCCAUAUCAACCAAACUAGGAGCAUCCACGGAACAGGCAACUUCUUCACCUGGCAUCGAUACUUCACUUGGGCAUACGAGAAGACUCUUCAAGAUGAAUGCGGCUACAAGGGUACCCAACCUUACUGGAACUGGUUCGAGACUCGUGACUUUGCUGUUGACCCUGUAUUUGAUGGCUCAGACACCAGCAUGGGCGGCGACGGAGAAUUCUUCAAGCACAAUGGAUCUUCUGGUGGAAGAGGAACCAUUCUCCUCCCUAGUGGCAACGGUGGCGGUUGCAUUAAAUCCGGCCCCUUCGCUGGUGCUGUUGCGAACCUUGGCCCCCCUGCCCCCAGUAUGGACGGGAUGGAAGCAACCACGACACCUCUCGAGUACAACCCCCGUUGUCUCCGUCGCGACCUCACACGUUACGCUGUAGAUCAGUGGUUAACUUACCCAAAUCUUCAUAACGUUACCCUCGGCGUUGCUUCACGUAACAUCGAUAUCAUGCAGACCGAGUUUCAAGGAAGGUUUCCAGACGGGUUCCUAGGUUUACACGGAGCUGGUCAUUACACGAUGGGUGGUGACAGCUCUGAUCUGUACUCCUCACCGAACGACCCCAACUUUUUCCUUCAUCAUUCUAUGGUGGAUCGAGUUUACUGGAUUUGGCAAGCGCUUUACCCCAAGCAGGCCAACGAUAUUGCAGGAACCAUAACUAUUGGUAAUAUGCCUCCCAGCAGAGACGCUCUCAAGUCUGAUCCCUUGAACAUGGGAGUCAAUUCUCCAGAGAUUACCAUCGGUGAUGCACUCAACACUCUGAGUGGCUCGCCACUCUGCUAUAUCUAUUUGUAG